CUGGCCCAAUCUGGCAACACUAGACAGUAGGAUAGACACGACAGAAGCAGGUUUACUGUUUGAGAUCUGACAUCAAGGAUCAUACAAACCCGUUGAUUUAAUUCGGCUUUAUUUAAUAUAUGGCCUGCAAAGGACAGAAGAUGGACGGAAUAUAGAGUUACAAAGCCAUGAUGUGUGUCCCAGCAGGGGGAUGAUGAGGACGACAUUAUUAAGGCGCUCUGUGUCAGUGUGGCUGGUUGUAGUUUCUGUCUGUUGGUUUCUGGUGACUUUUUGCUAUGACAACGAUGGCUGGUUUGGCUGUGUUUGAUCCGUCUCCCGGCUCGUCCCGGUGCACAGAUGGCCCAGCAGCUGUCAACAGGCAAAUGUUCCUGAAUGGGAUGGAAGAGAGGGAUUAUUGGAUCAGUCUUCAUUAUCAUGUUGGCUGCACAGAGCCACACACACAAGGUCCCGGGGGGCCAGCGGAAAGGUCUCCUGCUCAGAAGGGGGGCGAGAGCUGGGCGGUGAUGGAGAACCAGAGAACGCAGCCACAAGAAGAGCAGAACACAGACGCACGCACAGAAGAUGGAAGGGAAGGCCAUGAAGAGAUAGCAUCAGAGGAUCGGGAAGAGCUGAUCUCAGAAGUAGGGGUGCAGCCAGAGAUUGUCAGCCCACAGCCCGCGACACAAUCAGGGGGAGAACCGGAAGACCCUGCCCCGGAUACACAAGUCACUGAGGGCCAGGGGGAGGGGGCGACGCCUUCUCCUUCUGCCACCGCUCCUUCCGCUGUCUCCACUGCUUACCCACCCAGAGCCAUCCCCUCCACGUCCUCCGGGGAGAGCGUUUCAGACCCGGAUGCCUCGGGCGGUGCCGAAGUGGAGCAGAACGUUGUGGAUCUUCUCCCCCCAACCGACUGUGGUUCAGCUGGUCCCAACCCCUACAAAGACACCAGUCCUCCGGUGGUGAUGGAGAACACUUCAAACGCCUACGCUGCAGGGACUCAGACUCACACAGAACCCUCCGAGGCUGGCCUGGGGGCCAACGCGUCACACAGCGUCCAGGGUCCGAGCCCUCCGUCUGCGGCCCCCGAGACGGACCCCGCUGUGGGCGGCAAGGACCCGGAGGACAUCCCUACCUUCGACGAGUGGAAGAGGAAGAUGAUGGAGGAGAUGGAGGAGGUGGAGAAGGAGCAGGUUCAGGCUAGUCCUUCCCCCACCAAAGGGGGCGCUGGCGGCCAUCUGAUCAAGAAGAUGCCAAAGAACUUUAACAACUACGCCUCAGUGGAGUGCGGCGCCAAAAUCCUAGGUGCCAACCCUGAGGCCAAGAGCACGUCGGCCAUACUGAAGGAGAACAUGGACUUGUACAUGCUGAACCCCUGCAGCAAUAAGAUAUGGUUCAUCAUCGAGCUCUGUGAGCCCAUCCAGGUGACCCAGUUGGACAUCGCUAACUUUGAGCUCUUCUCCUCCACCCCCCAGGACUUCCUGGUCUCCAUCAGUAACAGGUAUCCGACCAAUAAGUGGUUGAAACUAGGCACCUUUCAUGGGAGGGAUGAGCGCACAGUCCAGAGCUUCCCAUUGGAUGAGCACCUGUAUGCCAAAUACAUCAAGAUGUUCUCCAAAUACAUCAAGGUAGAGCUGGUCUCUCACUUUGGCUCAGAACAUUUCUGUCCUCUAAGCCUUGUAAGGGUGUUUGGAACCAGCAUGGUGGAGGAAUACGAGGAGAACACGGAUCCACACGAUCGGACCGACGACCAGGACUUUGACCUGGAAUAUCCUCCUGGGUAUGUGGCUGGUGAAUUGAAGUUUUCCAAAGAUCUGAUUGGUUCAGCCAAGGAGGUCCUUCUGAACAUGGUGACAGACUUUGCUGUCAACGUUCUGGGUGGAGGCAACGCUUCGACCCAGGAGGUGGACUCUACCGAACUAUCAGAGCAGGACUCAAUGAAUCAGACUCAACCAAUCACAACGCCAAACUCUCUCCCAGGGCAUGAAGCUGAAGGGCUGGAAGGCCUCGCCGACACGGGCAUCUCUCUGGAAGAAGAGACCCCCUCUCCAGAAGAGACCCCCUCUCCAGAAGAGACCCUCUCUCCAGAUGGGAUCCCCUCUCCAGAAGAGACCCCCUCUCUAGAUGGGACCCCCUCUCCAGAAGAGACCCUCUCCCUCGAGGAGGUCCCCACAGAGCCCACCCAUCCUGAGCCCCCUCCCUCGGAGGAGGAUCAGAUCGUCACUCCACUGCCACACGAGGAGGAAGAACCAAUUGGCCCCACCAUUAUCCUCCUGGAAGAGGAAGAGGAGGAGGAGGAGAUGACCUCAGUCUACUGUGCCCACUCGCUGCCGUCCCCCUCCUGGUCGUGUGCGCCCUCCUUCCCAGAGUACCUCCGGCAGCAGUGCUCCGCUACACGGUCCAAGAAGGGAGGGUACCAGACCCCCGGGGGGGGGACCCUUCCUCCUCCUCCUCCGCCAGCCUCCUCUGCCUUGCUGCCUCCCCUCCCCACCUUCGCCUGCCCUGCGCCGACACCACCCCCAACCCCCACCCUACCGCCGCCGCCUGCCCCUCAGACCAACGUCCACCCCCUCGCACCAGCCCCGCCCCUGGGGGAAGGACGAGAGGGGGAACCGGGUGGUCUCAGCCCUUCAGAGGCCACGGGGGGGUCGGUGGUGGCCCGCAGUGUGGAAGGGCCCGGUCCUCAGCCCCCGCCCCUCCCGGAGCCCGGCCAGACGCCCGUGCUCCCGGCCGCUAGGGCCACCGCCUCCUGGCCCGUUCCUCCUCCUGCUCCCCCCCCCCCACAGCCUUCCUCGGCAGAGACUCUCGGGGGGACGGUGAGAGGAGCAGCUGAGCGUGUGCAGGAGGAGGAGCCUCAGGGGGAGGAGCCUCGGGAGGAGGAGCCUCGGGAGGAGGAGCCUCGGGAGGAGGAGCCUCGGGGGGAGGAGCCUCGGGAGGCGGAGUCUGAUGAACCACCGGAGUCGGCCGUGGCCGUUCCGCUCUCCCCGCACGCAGACAGUCGUCCUCCCCCUCCGGCCCCGCGGCCCGCGGAGGAGCCGGCUCCGUCUGCUGAGGUGGCUCCAAAAGAAAGGCCUCAGGACACGGCCAAGGGGCCCUCACACACACCGCCCCCUGUCAACACGGACCCCGAAGAGGCCCGGUUCCCCCAGGAGCUGGUUCCCCUUUCUAGGGCUGAUGGUGACGGUGGAGCGGGUGAUGGUGGAGGUGGAGGUAGUGAUAGUGGAGGAGCUGGUAGUGAUGGUGGAGAUGCUGGUAGUGAUGGUGGAGGAGCUGGUCGUGAUGGUGGAGAUGCUGGUAGUGAUGGUGGAGGAGCUGGUCGUGAUGGUGGAGGUGAAGGUAGUGACGAUGGGGGUGGAGUAGCGGGUAGUGAUGGAGGGGGAGCGGGUAGUGAUGGAGGGGGAGCGGGUAGUGAUGGGGAGCAGGGCGACCCUCGCCAGGCGAGCAGCAGCCACUCAGCGCAGGCGCCCAGCCUGAAGGAGUCGGUGUUCAUGAGGCUCAGUAACCGCAUCAAGUCCCUGGAGAUGAACAUGUCCCUCAGCGGACGCUACCUGGAGCAGCUCAGCCAGAGAUACAGGAAGCAGAUGGAGGAGAUGCAGAGGGCGUUCAACAAGACGGUCUUGAAGCUGCAGAACACGUCUCGUGUGGCAGAGGAGCAGGAGCAACGGCAGACGGACUCCAUCAGGGCACUGGGAGGCCAGCUGGAGAACAUCACUGAGCUGGUGCUGGGCCUGUCCCUCAGAGUCCACCUCCUACAGAGCCAGGUGACCCCACCACACUCACCCUGUCCCUCAGAGUCCGCCCUCCUGCAGAGCCAGGUGUCGGACGGAACGAGCUACCUGCUGAUGUGUCUGCUGCUGUGUGUGCUGCUGGGUGCGGCGGUGGUGGCCACCCGCCUCAGCGACUCCUCCCCCCCACCCCCACCCCUACCACCACCACCACUAAGACCGCCUUCCCAGAGCCAAGAGUUUAGGCCUCUGUCCAGGAGCCAAAGCAGCCACUGCUGCCCUGAGAGACCGUUGAAGUCAGUGUGUGGCGAUGUCCUCUUGCCCAGGCGUGCUUCCUAUCCUCUCCUCCACUGUGACCCCUUCCAGCUGGCUACAGACCCUUCAAAGGAUUGCACUCAGGAAUCUACAGACAACAAAGCGUCGAUCCAUCAGGAGGGCAGCAGAGCGAGCGUUGAGGGGGGGGUCCCGGCAGACCCCGCCGACGCGCCCGCCCCGUGGUCCCAGGCCGUGGCGCGGCCCCCCGGCGCCCUGCCCCCGCUGACCUGCAGCGGCACGUUGCCGGCGGGCUCGGCGGGCGGCCACUGGGUGCGGACGCUGCGGCCCGCCUUCACGGACUACCGCUCGGAGGGCAGCUCGGAGGGGAGCUCCUCCCACUCCGACGAGCCCUCCUUUUGCGGCGUGGCGGCCGGGGUCUGCCCCCGGGGGCUCUGCCCGGGGCUGUCCCCGUUGCCCCCGGCGACGGCCACCCAGCCCUCGUCCUCGUCCGGCGCCGGCCGGGCGGGGAGGCGGGCGUGGCGACGCCGGCGCUCUAAGCCGGCUCUCGCCGUGGUGGAGCUGCUGCGGCCCCCGCGCGCCCCCGUCACCAGCAGCCGCCACCUGCCUGGCUCCCCUCUGCCGGACCUGGCCCGGCACGGGGCCGCACACACGGCGGGCCCUCGCCACGGGGGCCCCGGGAGGACUCUCUCAGGACACACAGAGGAGGGCCACCGUGCUUUACAUCUGUAGGACUGGCGUUUACCUCCUCUCCAAAAGCCGCAGGCAGCUUGAUGCUCCCUCCCCCCCCCAGUACCAGACCAUCCCUUAAUUUAACUGCCACCAAUAUGUGUGAUUUGUGUGUCUCAACAAAGUUGUUUUGCCCGAUUUUUAUACGAUGCUGCAAUCCAAGGAAAAGUCUUCCCCAGCUUGUCAUUAAAAUAGUUUGUCUGACUA